CUCCGUGCGUCACUGUAGGGACAAAAACAAGCGCGAGGACCCGACAGGUAGCUGAGCUGUUAGGGACAGGCCGUGCGUCCUCUGCGCACCCGGAGGUUUGCGGUAGCAGGAUGUCCAGAGAGGAGCAGAGCUUAUCGGAGGUCGAGCUCAGUCCCGGGAUGUCUGACGACAGUCGCUCCCUGUCGCCGGGUCAUUCCUCCGGUGCGACAGGCGGGGGGGACUCGCCUCUCCACGGGCAGCAGCAGCAGCAGCAGCCGCCGCAGCUCGCGGGUCUGGACGACGUGUCGGCGGGCUGCUCGUCCGCCAGAUCCGACGACGAGGACGAACGCUUCCCGGCAGGAAUCCGCGAGGCGGUGAGCCAGGUGCUCAACUGCUAUGACUGGACCCUCGUGCCCAUGCCCGUGCGCGUGAACACCGGGGGCAAGAACAAGCCGCACGUGAAGAGGCCCAUGAACGCCUUCAUGGUGUGGGCGCAGGCGGCGCGGAGGAAACUGGCCGAUCAACACCCGCACCUGCACAACGCGGAGCUGAGCAAGACCCUGGGGAAGCUGUGGAGACUCCUCAAUGAGAGCGACAAGCGCCCCUUCAUCGAGGAAGCCGAGCGGCUGAGGAAGCAGCACAAGAAAGACUAUCCCGACUACAAGUACCAGCCGCGACGCCGCAAGAACGGAAAGAUGGGUUCCGGGUCAGGAAGUGAGGCCGACGGCCAUUCGGAGGGUGAGGUCAGCCAAAGCCAAUCCCACUACAAGGGCCUCCACCUGGAUGUGGCCCUCAGUGGGGGAGCCCGGUCCCCUCUGACAGAUGGGCACCACCCUCAUGCUGCAGGUCAGAGCCACAGUCCUCCCACACCUCCCACCACUCCCAAGACAGAGCCUCAGUCUGGGAAGGCAGGGGAUGGGAAGAGGGAGGGUGCUGGGAGCGGGGGCUCCCGGGGAACAAUGGGAGCAGAAGGGAGCUCAGGCGCUCCGGGAUCCGGGAAACCUCACAUCGACUUUGGUAAUGUGGACAUCGGUGAGAUGAGCCACGAGGUGAUGGCCAACAUGGAGCCUUUCGACGUCAACGAGUUUGACCAGUAUCUCCCCCCGAACGGGCACCCGGGGGUCGGGCAGAGCGCAGGGGGAGGAGCAGCUGCGGCAGCUUCUCCGGCCUCGCCAUACACCUAUGGCAUCUCCUCAGCUCUGGCGGCGGCCAGCGGACACUCAGCGGCCUGGCUCUCCAAGCAGCAGCAGCCGCAGCAGCAUCACGCCUCCCCUCUGGGCUCAGACCCGUCCAAGGCCCAGAUCAAGAGUGAGGCCGGAGGCGCCGGCGGUCAUUUUGCAGAGGCAGCCUCAGCAGGUUCCCACGUCACGUACACGCCCCUCAGCCUUCCUCACUACAGCUCCGCCUUCCCCUCACUGGCCUCCAGGGCUCAGUUUGCCGAGUAUGCGGACCACCAGGCCUCGGGGUCGUACUACGCCCACACCAGCCAGGCCUCGGGGUUGUACUCAGCCUUCUCUUACAUGGGCCCCUCCCAGAGGCCCCUGUACACGCCCAUCACUGACCCAGCCAGCGUGCCGCAGUCACACAGCCCCACGCACUGGGAACAGCCCGUCUACACAACGCUGUCGCGGCCAUGACAGAC